CCAGCAACACAGUAGUUUGAUCUCAAUGGUUGCUAUAAUUAUCUUUAGUGCAACUUCCAACAUUUUACUAGCUUGUGGUUUAGAUCAUGUUUCCUGUCACAACCUGAACAUAGUUGGUCUUACGACAAAAUGACAUACACUUGGAUGAUUCUGUGUUUAAGCAAGGCUGUUAAAAUGUGCAACAAAUGAACAUUUUAGAGUAAACACAGGUCUGGUACACUGUGAAGUCAAAUCAGAAGGAAGAAAAAAAAAAAAAAAAAAAGAAAAAAGAAAAAAAGUUGUGCGUUCCCACACGGACCUAAAAGCGGGACGGACAAGGAAAAAAAAAGAGAAGACGGAAGUUAAAGCCGUCAAACAAAGAGGACAGGAGUUUGGGACUUUUUGAAUCACAGAUCCUAGUCAACCUGUGUACAACUGGAUGAUCUUUUAGAUGAGCAGAGAGGCAGCCGGUUUUUACCUGCAUCUUCUGGAUCAAUGGUGAAUAUGUCCAUACACUGAAAUAAAUGGAAGUAAAAGCAAGGAAAACUGUUUGGUCCUUCGAGUAAAAUCCCUGCCAUUAAGAAUCUGCAUGGGGUCAUCCAUCCCUUUUCAAGUGGGGAAGUGCACAGUUUAAAAAAGAACUUGACAGUAAAAACCGGCUAAAAAACCGGCAACAGUAUAAACCAGCGGCAUUGAAAAACCGACCACAAACUGCUGAUGAGAAAGAAAGAAACUAAUUGAAGGAUCUUGUUAAAGAAGAGACAGUAGCUGACAUCAUUUGUUUGCUUCAUAUCUGUGAACAACUGAGACUGAUUCAAAAGAUGGCAGAACCAGCUGAUGAGAAGUCUGUUGAACAACUAAAGAUGGAGAGAACGACAGCAAAGAGGUUGUUGACUCGAUUGAUCAAUAACAUAACUCGGACGCAUGAGGACAUGACUGAAGAGGAAUUAAAGGACAAUUUCAACAAGCUCAACAUAGAGGCUGGAAAAGUAAUGGCAGCAAAUGAUGAUCUGGAAGCAAGUCUCAUCGCAGAAGUGGAAUCCAAAUUGGGUGAAGAUGACGACGCUGCACUGACUGAACAGCAGAAAUCUGACCUGGAAAAAACUGCAAAUGAAUGUGAAGCAAAAGUAAGAGAAAUCAAAAGUUUAAUCCAGGAGACCCUGUGGAGAACUUUUGGGAAAACUGAACUGUUAAUUGCACUUCAAGUAGCAGAAUCAGAAUGUGAACAUGUUGCCACUAUUGCACCAGGAGUGGAAAAAGAGGCAUAUGACUUCACCCUCAGUCAUCUGAAGGAACUUUUAAAGGCUGCAAAAGAAGUUCAUUGUCGCUGGAAAAGAUGGAUUCCUCAUGACUAUCGGGAUGAAAUUCAAGAUCGGCUGAGAGGAUUGGAACUUAGUGUCCCAAAGUUGGUCUCCAGGACAGCAGAGUUCAUUAAUGCAAGAUUAAAAGAAGAUGAAGGAAAAAAGGAGCAAACUGUAGCUUCCCAAAAUUAUUCAUUACCAACCAUCAAGCUGAAACCAACAUCUCUCCCAAAGUUUCUUGGAAACAGGCGUGAUUUUUAUAGAUGGAAAAGGGACUGGGAAGCUCUUCAAAAACAAGGAGAACCAACCGGUUCAAGAGAGGUGAAAAAAGUGCAGCUACUGGACAGUCUAGAUGAGAAAAUCACAAGAGACCUUCGCUUAACCUCCUAUAGCACUCCAGAAGAUAUUUUUCAAGUCCUUGAGAACCGCUAUGGAAAUCAGACAGCUAUUGCAAUUGAAAUUGUGGAGGAGCUACAGAGAAUUCCUGCAGUUAGGGGUCACCAGCCAAGAAGAAUCGUGGAGUUGAUUCAAGCUGUUGAAAAGGCUCUUAAGGAUUUAAGUGACCUUGGAAAUACUGGCGCCAUCAAAAAUCCUCUGGUGACAAAGUCAGUUGAGACCAAGCUUCCUGAAGCUCUGAAGAAGGAGUGGCUCGUUUAUGCAGCUGAUAAAAGGAAUGCUGUGGUACCAGAGAAUCGGUUUGAUCACCUCCUUGCAUUUCUGAAAGAUCAAGAAAAUAUUUAUGAGCAACUAGAGCAACUGAGAGAAGAAGAACCAAGUAGGCGAGAGACCCGAAUGGAGCAAAGACACGCCAGAACCAAGUCAGUCAAAGCAAUUGAUGACUUCGUAAGCUGUGUUGUCUGCGGCGAUGGAAAACACAGAAAAAGACUCUAUUUUUGCAAACAGUUCAGAACAUUAACACUAACUGAAAAAAGAGCUGCUGUUAAGAAGGUAGGAGCAUGCAUAAAAUGUUUGGAAAUACAUGAUGAUAAAUCAUACUGCAAACCUGGGUUUUUGUGCAAGAAUCAAAGCUGCAGGAAUGGGGAGGAUCCACAUCACUAUUAUCUAUGCCCAAGUGCUGAAGCUAAGAAAAGCAACACAACCCAGAGGAGGAACCGAAUUGGCCCACAAGAAGACAAAGGUAGCAGAAAGUAUACUGAAGAUCAAGAAGAAUUUCUUAAGAAAUUGUCACCUGAUUUGGCCAGACAUUGUAGAGAUGUAUUUUCAAAUACUGCAUCUAGAAAUUUUAAUACAACUCAGAAUCAGUUAAAUUUCCUGAUGGAUAGUGGAGUGCAGGAGCUGCCAGUGUUAAUGAUGCUUCUUGAAGUAACCGCAAAUGCUGGACAAAAGAUUGGCACAUUAAUUGAUCUGGCGUCAGAUACAAAUUACAUAACACACAAGGCUGCAAGCAGAUUAAACCUCAAGAGUGAGGAGAUCACACUCAUUGUCCAUGGAGUUGGAGGGAUGAAAGUUUGUGUGGAGACUAAACGUUACCUCCUGAAAAUUCGUGUGAAAACCUCCAAAGGCACUCUGAAACCUUAUCAGCUUGUUUGUUAUGGACUUGACAGCAUUGCAGACAUUCAUAAGCAUGUCAAGGCAAAGCAGCUGAAAAGAUUUUUUCCAGACGUACCACUGGAUGAACUUGUAAGACCCAGAGAAAUAAGCUUACUUAUAAGCCACAGGGAAGGUCAGUUGACACCACAAAGAAUUAGAGUUGUGGGGAACCUUGUACUGUGGGAGGGGCCCUUAGGAAAAGUGGUUGGAGGAACCCAUCCAGAAUUGUUUGAGGAACUUGCCAUGACAGCUCAUACAACCAAAACACAUUUUGCAAGGUCAAUGAGGGCAGCUGCUGUGAGAUAUGAAGAAGUCAUUCAUGAAAUCCCACAGCAUCCGCCAUUAAUUCAUCAGAUCUCCAACCAACUUAAGGCAUCAAAGACUGCAACUACAAGCCAAGAUUUCUUGGAGUGGUGGAGAUGGGACAGUAUUGGCACGGCUUGUGAACCUAAGUGUGGAGGAUGUCGUUGUGGAAACUGUCAGCCGGGAGGAAAGGCGAUGACGCUCGCUGAAGAAAGGGAGCUUGAGGUAGUGAAGGAAGGCCUCACCUACAACGAAGGAGACAGCCAUACAGACGAACCUCACUGGCAUGCUAGGUACCCAUGGUUGGAAGAUCCAGCAUCCCUGCCAGACAACAGAAAUGCAGUCGAAGCUACAUUUUUUAGAACAGAGAAGCAACUGGCUAAAGAACCUGACUGGAAAGCUGCUUACACUGAACAAGUGCAUGACAUGCUUCAGCGUGGAGCUGCAAUUAAAUUGUCUGAGGAAGCAAUCAACAAAUGGAACGGCCCAGUGUGGUAUGUAAGCCACCUAAUUGCUCCAAAUCCACACUCAGUGACAACUCCUGUAAGACUUGUGUGGAAUAGCAGCCAGAAAUUUAAAGGGAUAAGUAUGAAUGACCUGCUGAUGAAAGGCCCAGAUGUCCUAAACCAGAUCCGUGCUGUCCUAUUAAGGUUCAGAGAAGGAGCUUAUGCUGCGUUAGGAGAUAUAAAGAAAAUGUAUAAUUCUGUUUGGCUGGAGGAAAGAGAAGUUCACUUGCACAGAUUUAUUUGGCGUGAUUCUGAGGAUGAAAAAGUUGGAGAUUACGCAAUUACAAGAGUGAACAUUGGAGAUAAACCUGCAGGAUGCAUUGCACAGUUGGCGAUGCGAGAAACUGCAAGUUUACCCUCAUUUAUUCAUCUUGAAGAGGAGCGACAAGUCCUUCAGAAUAACAGCUAUGUUGACGACAUUCUAACAUCCCACAAUGACCCAGACAGGCUAAAGGAAAUCACAGAAAAUGUGGAGUGCAUUCUCAAAGCUGGAGGUUUCAAACUCAAACCUUGGGUGUUUUCUGGGCAAAGUGGGAGGAAAAAUUGUAACAACAAGCAGGAUGAAGUGAAAGUAAAGACCAUGGUUCUACCAAACCAAAUGCGGGAUGAGGACAAUAAAGCACUCGGUCUGGGGUACAUUGUGGAGGAGGAUAAACUCCAUGUCAUGGUCAGCAUAAAUUUUUCAAAGAGGAAAAAAAAGAUGCGACUUGGACAAGACCUCCAGUUGGACCAAAUCAGAAGUCAAACACCAAACCCUUUGACAAGGCGAGAGCUCCUCAGUCAGGUGUCUGGUCUGUAUGAUCCAGUUGGCUUAGUAACUCCUGCAAAACAGAAGGGGGCAAUCCUGGUGCGGAAAGCUUUCCAAGAGGCAAAGAAUGUGAGUAGCCAAGUAAAAGACACCUGGGAUUUAGCACUCUCAAGUGACCUUAGAGAAGAUGCAAUCAAGCUUUUUGAAGAGUACACUCAGCUUAGUAAGAUCCAGUUUAGCAGAGCAUUAACUCCCUUUCAUAACAGCAGUGACCCUUUAGCAAUUACAUUUUCAGAUGGAAGUGAAUAUUCUUAUGGAGCAGUGUUGUAUCUGAGGUGGGGAUCAGCUCGAGACCCAAUCAUUAGGCUGGUGGAAUCCAAGGCUAAGCUUACUCCAUUGGAACAAAAAGGUGAGGCUGUUAAAGCAGAGAUGUGCGGAGCAGUGUUUGCAUCACGAUUAAAGAAGUACUUUGAGAUGCACAGCCAAAUCAAAGUUGAGAGGUGGUAUCACCUCAUUGAUAGUCAAACAGUUCUUGGAGCAAUUCAAAGAGAAAGCUAUGGGUUUCAAUCAUUCUUUGCAAAUAGGAUUGGAGAGAUCCAGAGCAACACAAGGAUCCAAGAUUGGUGGUGGAUUCCUGGGAAUCAAAACAUUGCCGACAUCAUUACCCGAGGAGCUAGCCCUCAAGAUCUUGAUAUUGACUCUAAGUGGCAACAAGGCCCAGCAUUUCUAAAGUCUCUAGUUGAAAAGUGGCCAAUUAAAUCAUCUAAACAACUUGCUAUUGAUGCAAAAGGGAGCAUCACCAAGUUGCAAAAGAAGGCAUUCAUUGCUGUAACCACAAGGACUGGGAUAAUGGAAUCAGAGCUCAAACAAGAAUUACCGCAAAAUCAGGCAGAGGUUUUGGCAAAGAAGCAGCGGCCAUCAAUAUCCAUACAGAAUCUGAUAGAUGUUAGCCGCUUUAGCAGUCUGACACGACUGGUCAAGACAAUUGUCUGGGUUUGGAGAGCAGCGAAGAGAUUCAUUAAGAAAAAUCAAGUUGCAGCUAAACCAAAGUGGGAGGCAGUCUGCUCAAGAGGGGUAAUCUCUGUGAGAGAACGAGAGGAUGCUCUCAGGGAUAUUUUUCUUGCUGCUCAGAUGGGUGCCAACUUUCCCAACACAACCAUAGAUAGGUUGGUGGUUUAUCAAGACAAAGAGUCUGGAUUAUUAGUCUGUGGCGGCAGGAUACAGAUCUUUAGAGAAGACAGAGCUGCAGUUCCCAUCAUACCCCAUGAUGCCUGGGUGUCAACACUGUUGGGCCGAGAAGCUCACAAUGCUGCACAUGAUGGAAUUGCUGGAACCCUACUGAGGAUGAGGAGAAAAGCCUGGGUUGUAAAAGGACGAAGGAUAGCCCAAAAGAUUGUUGACAAUUGUAUGGUCUGUAGGAAAGCUCGAGCUCUGAAGUGUCAGCAGUUGAUGGGUGAUUUGCCGCCUGAGAGGGCUGAGCCUGCACCUCCUUUUAAGUUCACUUCAGUCGACCUCUUCGGACCUUAUUAUGUCAGAGAUGACGUCAAGAAAAGGGUGACGAUUAAGGUCUGGGGAGUCGUUUUUUGUUGUAUGGCCAGUAGAGCUAUUCACACUGAGUUGGCAAGCUCGCUUUCCACUGAAAGUUUCCUGAUGGCCUAUCAGAGAUUUACUGCAAUUCGAGGUCACCCACAGAAGAUCUGGUCUGAUGCAGGCACCAAUUUUGUUGGAGCAAAACCAGUUAUGGAAGAGUUGUAUAGGUACCUGAGCACCCAAAACAGAUCAGAUUUGGAAGAAGCAGCAGCAAAGAAUGGGACUGAAUGGGUGUGGAAAAUCCUUCCCGCAGACUCACCUCACAGAAAUGGAGCUGCUGAAGCUGCUGUUGGCAUUGUGAAAAAAGCUUUCCAGAGUCUUGGUCAAGAAUUUACACUGACUUUCAGUGAAUUUCAUACAAUUCUGUACAACGCUGCCAACCUUGCAAAUGAGCGCCCAAUUGAUGCGAGAAUACAAAGUCGAGAGGGUUGUAUUCAGUACAUAACACCUAACAGUCUUUUGCUUGGACGAGCAUCUCAGAGUGGUGAUAUGAGAAUGUUUGAUUUUUCCAGCUAUUCAUUCAAACGACUUGGAGCUAUGCAAAAUGAGGUUACUAAGUUCUGGAAAAGUUGGAGGCAACUGGCUGGUCCUAACCUUUUUGUGAGGAGUAAGUGGCACACUUCUCAGAGAAAUGUGGCUGUUGGGGACAUCGUCUGGUUGUGUGACCAAAAUGCGCUUAGAGGGCAGUUUAUGCUGGGCAAAGUUGUAAGUGCAAGUCCUGACAAGAAGGGUGUUGUGAGGGACGUAAAUGUCCAGGUUGUCCCAAGUUAUUGCACCCCUAUAACAAGACAUGUCAAGCAAAGACCAACUCAUCCACCAAAGAAAGACAAAAUCAAGACCACCAUUCUUCACAGGGAUGUUAGGAGGCUCAUUGUCUUAAUACCUGUAGAGGAACAAAUGGAAAGUCAAACCAAAGAGUAAAAAACUCCAGAUGUACCAAGAUGACAAUGGGCUGCGAUCUUCCCAUUGAUUAAUGGAAAGAUCGAGUGGGAGGUGUGAAGUCAAAUCAGAAGGAAGAAAAAAAAAAAAAAAAAAAGAAAAAAGAAAAAAAGUUGUGCGUUCCCACACGGACCUAAAAGCGGGACGGACAAGGAAAAAAAAAGAGAAGACGGAAGUUAAAGCCGUCAAACAAAGAGGACAGGAGUUUGGGACUUUUUGAAUCACAGAUCCUAGUCAACCUGUGUACAACUGGAUGAUCUUUUAGAUGAGCAGAGAGGCAGCCGGUAAGAUAUAAACUGUGUUGUUAUGAGAUCGGACCGCAGAGUUGUCUACAAUCCAGUUUGGCCGAUCGGAUCAUUAGUGACAGCUGAACUGAGGUGGUGGAUUGCAGCGGCGACGCUUGCCGUUCAUUGACUGAUGGACUUUUAUGAUUGAAUUAAUUAUUGCAUUGAUGAAAUGGAUUUGGGUAACAAGUUCAAUUGUUAAUUUACCAUCAACUUCAAAGAAUAAUUUAAAGCUAAAUUUAUGAUAAAUAUUUAUUAUUAAUGUUGAGAAGCAGAUGUUUGUAUGCUAAGAAAUGUAUGUGUAUGAAAUGUAAAUAUUAACUUGGAAUGCACUUUAAAGUUAAGUUAAAGUUAACAUAAGUUUAGUUACUUGUGUAUUUAAUUUUGAUUAUUUUGUAUAUUUAAUUUGUGAUGGGUUGCUUGGUAUUAUUUAUAUAAUUUGCAACU